AUGGACAUGAGCAGCGAGUCGACCACCACUCGGUGGUACGAGCCGCCUAGGUCGCUGGAGCCGCCUUCGGGGGGUGCCGGGGUGGCCGGGGUAGUCGGCAACCCCAGCGACUACAGGGGUUACUACCCCCACGCCGGACCGACGGCGCACCACCCCGCGGCCGCACACUACGCCCACACGAGGAUGUCGAGCAGCGGCGUGUCGAGCGGCCCAGUCAGUCAAGUCUGCCGGCCGCACUUUCACAGCUCGGUGCUCCACCCGUGGCUGUCCGGCGGCACCGCGGACACCUCGAAGACACCCUGGGGAUUCCCGGCGACCACGACGACCGCGGGUGGCGGCGUGAGCGACGAGAAGCCGCAGAGUCCGCUGGGAUCGUCGUUGCCGGCGACCACCGGCAGCCUGUCGAGUCACGGCGGCGCGGGACACCACCUCUUCUCCUUUCCGCCGACACCGCCCAAGGACGCCACGCCGGACAGUAUAACCGCCAGCACGACCUCCAGCACGAACAACAACAACAACAACAACUCGACGAGCGCGAACAACAACAACAACAGCGGCAACCCGCUGUCCGGCCUCGGGGGCGGCACCACCAGCGAGUACCAAGCGGCGGUGGCGCACGUGGCGGCGAUGGGCGCCUUCAUGCAUCACCAGGACGCCCUGGGCGCGUCCGGCGCCGGCUCAUGCGACAUCAAGCCGACGGUGAUGCUCGGCCACCACCAUGGAGCGCCCUCGCCGCCGCAUCAGCAGCACAACGGUACCAACAACGGCAGCAACGGGCCCGCCGGCACGAACGGCUCGUCCGGCCAGGUGAAGCAGCGAGAAGAGGGUCGCGAGUGCGUCAACUGCGGCGCCACCUCGACACCCCUCUGGAGACGGGACGGCACCGGGCACUACCUCUGCAACGCCUGCGGCCUUUAUUACAAGAUGAACGGCCAGAACCGACCACUCAUCAAGCCGAAACGACGCCUUAGUGCGGCGAGGCGGGCCGGCACCAGCUGCGCCAACUGCAAGACGGCGACCACGACCCUCUGGCGGAGGAACCAGGCCGGCGAGCCGGUCUGCAACGCUUGCGGGCUUUACUACAAGUUGCACAACGUGAACCGGCCGCUGACGAUGAAGAAGGAGGGCAUUCAGACGAGAAACAGGAAGCUCUCGUCGAAGAGCAAGAAGAAGAAGGCCGGCGGCUGCUUAGGCCUGGGUGUCAUGGGAGACAUGAUCAAGGCCAGUGGACACCUCGAUCUCGAUAACAAAUCCUUCCACUCGGGCUUUGGAGCGCCGAUGGGUACGUCGCAGCAUCAUCACACGAUGCAUCCGGCGAUGCAGCAUUACAUGUAUCACACGGGUGUCGGCGUGGCCGGAGGUCUUCAUCAAGGAUUUGCGCCACCGGCGCCGCCCCCCAUCCACCCGCACUCGCAUUCGCAUUCCCAUUCUCAUCACAUGACGAGUCUUCAGGGUCUGCAACUGACGACGAACGCGAUGAGCGGCUGGCGGUCGGAGUACACAUGAAUCGCGAGUGACUAGCAGCUCAGGACGCAGCCCACCACUCCCCCGUUGUAAUGUAAUAAUUAAAGAGAGAAAAGAAAAGAAAAGAAAAGCAGAAAAAAAGACGAGAGAAAGAAGGCACGAGGGAAAAGCGACAACAGCCGCAACAACCGCAAGCAACAAGCGAACGCUCCUCUUCUCUUUCUCGCUCGCGCGGGCCUCCUUUUCUAAUUAGGUAAGGGAGCACGAUCGAUCACUGACGACACACGAAAAAUCCCGAUGCGC